AUGAGACGAACAGCAGCGCCGCCGUGGAAUCAUCGGCAUCUUCCAGAGCCUCCUCAAUUUUCGGCAACUCGGCAUGCUCACCAUCAUCAUGUCCGUCCCCGCCCCGGCCUCGUCUCCGCCGCCGACCUCGCCUCGGUUGCCUUCUCCCUAAUCUACAACUGCUUCAUAUACAGAUCUGCGUUCACACCUACCUCUCCCCACUCGGAUCUGCCGGGAAAACCCUUCCCUCUACUGGUUAGGGUUUUGUUCGCUGGCGGAUUCUCUCUACUGCUUUUUACAAUUCACGGAGAAUCUUAUGAUUGUGGAUUGGUUGAGGAGCGCGGCAGCGGCGAUGGACACGCCUUGAUAUGCACACACUCUCGACGCACCCCGUUGGUUGCCGCCGCGGACGGAAGGCGGCGGCGGAGGCCGCCGGCCAUGUUUCUAAUGAGCAUGAAGGAUGCAAAUGAGAGCCCGAAUGGGGCCGUGGAUGAUGUUGGGAUAUCGAGCAUCCCAAAGCCGGCCAAAAAAAUGGCCAGGUAUCGCCCAGAGAGGUAG